AUGGUUGACGACGGAGGAGAAUACGGUGGUGGCGACGACACCAAGAAGAAAAGUACCGGUAUCAGGCUGAAGUCUCUCCCUCCUCCUGGACCAUCCCCCACCAGCAGCUGGAAGAGCAACGGGGACCGGGACCCCAAGAGCGGAACUGCCGGAGACUUGGAAACGGACAUUGCCAUCAAGACCAACUUGAAUGGGGACUGUCGUCUGGUCAGAGGUCGCCUUUCCUCCAUCACUGGUCGACUUACUCUUGGGUCAGAUCCAGCUGAGCAGCGGAGGCUGAUCUCCGAGGCAGACACCGGUGCUAAAGAAGAGAGUUACCCCGGAGGGGGCGAGCUGGGAGUUCAGGGUGCCGGCGGUCGCAGUGCUGGUGCACAUCGCCGAUCGUCCGUCUUCGAUCAGUCCACUUUCAUCAAGUUAGAAGGAACCGAACCGAUCAUGCCAGACGAAGCAGAGCAGUUGUACCGGGCGGGCUUCAUGCACCGGCAGUUCGGGGCGAUGCUUCAACCAGGAGUCAACAAGUUCUCUCUGAGAAUGUUGGGGAGCGAGAGGGCCGUGGAACACGAGAGAGAACGCGUCAAGUCUGCAGGAUUUUGGAUCAUUCACCCAUACAGUGAUUUUAGGUUCUACUGGGAUCUGAUCAUGCUGUUCCUCAUGGUGGGGAACCUCAUCAUCAUCCCUGUGGGCAUCACCUUCUUCAAGGACGAGCACACUCCCCCCUGGAUCGUCUUCAACGUCAUCUCAGACACCUUGUUCCUCAUCGACCUGGUCCUCAACUUCCGGACGGGCAUUGUCAAGGAGGACAACACCGAGAUCAUUCUGGACCCACAGACCAUCAAGAUCAAGUAUCUGAAGAGCUGGUUCGUGGUGGACUUCAUCUCGUCCAUACCAGUAGAUUACAUCUUCCUCAUCGUGGAGACCAGAAUCGACUCGGACUUCUACAAGACGGCCCGGGCGCUGAGGAUCGUGCGGUUUACGAAGAUCUUGAGUUUGUUGAGGCUCCUGAGGCUGUCCAGACUCAUUAGAUAUAUACACCAGUGGGAGGAGGUUUUCCAUAUGACCUAUGACCUGGCCAGUGCCAUGGUGAGGAUUGUGAACCUGAUUGCUAUGAUGCUGCUGUUGUGUCACUGGGAUGGAUGUCUGCAGUUCCUGGUUCCCAUGCUGCAGGAGUUCCCCUCUGACUGCUGGGUCACCAGGAACAAGAUGGUGAAUGACACGUGGGGCCAGCAGUAUUCCUAUGCCCUGUUCAAGGCUAUGAGUCACAUGCUGUGUAUCGGGUACGGUAUGUACCCUCCUGUCGGCCUGGUAGACGUUUGGCUCACCAUCCUCAGUAUGAUCGUGGGCGCCACCUGCUAUGCCUUGUUCGUAGGCCAUGCUACCGCUCUGAUCCAGUCACUGGACUCGUCACGGCGGCAGUACCAAGAGAAGUAUAAACAGGUGGAGCAAUACAUGUCCUUCCACAAGCUUCCUGCCGGCAUGCGGCAGCGGGUCCAUGACUACUACGAACAUCGCUUCCAGGGCAAGAUGUUUGACGAGGAGAGCAUUCUGGGGGAGCUGAACGAACCGCUCAGAGAGGAAAUCGUCAACUUCAACUGUCGUAAGCUGGUGGCUUCGAUGCCUCUGUUCGCCAACGCCGACCCCAACUUUGUGACGUCAAUGCUGACCAAGCUGCGCUUUGAGGUGUUCCAGCCCAUGGAUAGCGUGGUUAUGGAAGGCACCGUCGGCAGAAAGAUGUACUUCAUCCAACAUGGGGUGGUCUGCGUCAUCGCCAAGGGCAACAAAGAGACCAAGCUGUCUGACGGGUCCUACUUUGGAGAGAUCUGCCUGCUGACUCGAGGCAGAAGAACGGCCAGUGUUCGCGCCGAGACGUACUGCCGUCUGUACUCUCUGUCUGUGGACAACUUUAACGAGGUCCUGGAGGAGUACCCCAUGAUGAGACGGGCCUUCGAGACCGUAGCUCUGGACCGGCUGGACCGCAUAGGAAAGAGGAACUCUGUGCUCCAACACAAAGUCACCCAGAACUCAGGAGCUGUGAACCUCCUGGAGAACGCGAUCAUCCAGAGGAUCGUACAGCAAGACCGGGACAUGGCCAUCCAGAGCAACAUCUCUCCCCUGUCCCUGGAUCCCGACGCCCCAUUCCCCACCUCCACCCCGGGGGUCAUCUGGGGUCCCCUGGUCCAGGGCCCCCUCCAGGCCGCUGCAGCCACCACCUCCCUGGCUCUGGCCUUCUCCCACUCCCAGCUCCAUGCCCAGCUCCCGCCGAUCCUCUUUCACCGUCCGCUCUCUGUCUCCGAGUCAUUCAAGGAUCCUAGAGGCCACCAUCUGCAGAGGGGCAUGUUUGUGGGCGUGUCCAGUGGCUGUGGCUCCGCGGCUGCAUCUCCAGGCGGUUCUGUGAAGUUCCGUUCUGGAGUGGACACUCCGAUAUUAGCCUCGCUCCGGGCGCAGCAUUUAGUCUCCACAGCCUCCUCCAUUUAUCCUCUGUCACCUAUAACCUCCAUGUACCAGCCCACCUCCUCCAUCACCUCCACCGACUUCCAGGCUCAGCCCAGCAGAGCCUCUCCCUUCCCCCUGGGCCAGGGCUCCAUCCGGGAGUAUCCACCCUCCUCCUGCAUGGCCCAGCUCCAGCACCACCACCCCUACGGCCCACCAGGGACCCACCAGCAGGAGGCAUCAGGGAGGCCCAUCAUGGGCACGCCGAGAUUCCCAGCCCACUCAGCCCCCUCUGGUUCCACCCUGAGCCCUCUCAUCUGUAGCUCUGUCAGCCCCAUCCUGAGCCAGCUACAGAACUCUCACUCUGACACUACCAGCGCUCAGCAGCACGUCCAGAUGGGACCUGGUCAUCAGGAGAGAGCAGGCCACCUCCUCCUCCCCCACUGCCCCUACACGACCACAAGCCCUAGCAACCCCACCCAGCACCACAGCUCCAGUGGGUUUCUAUCUAUAUCUAUCCCAGAACAGGCCGGCGUUGGAGGUGUCGGAGUCCCAUCGUCCCUGGUGCAUCACAGUCUGGCAGGCCUCCACCCCAGUCUCCUCCCACAGAUUCUCCCAGAGCACUCUGCUCAUUCUUCUCACUUUGCCCUGGCCUCGCUGGCCCAGUACGGGUCAGGGGAUGGCUCCCCGGUCUGUACCCCACCGGUAACACACAGCCCCACCAUCCAGAGCCCGCUGACAGGCAGGACGGUGCUUCAGCUCCACAGCCAACCCUCCAGCGCCAAUGGCUCUCACAGCUCCCUCACCCCACAGACAUCAUGCCCUCCCCAGGUAGAUGGGAGAGGGCAGAGGGCAGAGUCCCUGGUGGAUCUCUUCACGCAGGAUGUCAGGACUAUCUCCACUGUUUCCACCUCGGGCUCACACAGCUAUCUACCCCAGGAAGGGUCUCUCUCCAUACCGUCUCUCUCCAUACCUUCAGGGGGGCUUGGUUCCUCUCUCCCCAUGAUGGGUGGUAGCAGUAAUAAAUGGUACAGCCCCAUCCCAGGGCACGCCACUCCUCUGAGUCACUACACUCCCGUGGGAUCUGAACCUCCAACUGCCGUGAGCCAAGAAGCACCGAACUCUUCGCAGCCCAUCCCCAGUCGUCCUGUUACAUCCGGGGCAGAGUACACAGUCUCCAAUCUCCCUUCCAACUUGUGAGGUUUAAAAACACCCUCCUGCCAUGCCUGAACUAUGGGGAAAUUGUCUUCGCUAUUGGUAUUGUAUUUUUUUUUUUUUAUCGCUAGUGUAGGUUUUAUAUUAUUCAAGGAGGGUGUGAGGGAGUGUGUAUCUAUAUUGCAGGAAAAAGACUUAGGAUAAAGAUGUAUUUUUUUUAUGCAGAUUGAAUGAACAGAGUGAGUUCCCAGCGGGCGAAACCAGAUCUGGUUGUAAGCGAUUGGUAAUGAUGUUAUUUCGACCAGCUUUGCCCGCUGGGUUAAGUAUUUUUCUACAGUACAGUGGUACUACUACUGUACUAUGUUGAAUGUGGAGGUAUUGUACCAAUAUGGAUUGCUGGAUAAUAUUAAACCACAAGAAAGUAUAUUGACCAAUUUCCGUAAAUAAAAUAUAUAUUCUAGCCUAUAUCCUCACUUUGUAAUUUUGUGUUAAAGUAUUUGUUAAACAUGCAUAUUUAUCUAACCUUUGACCCUAAUAGAGAUGAUAACACCAAAAAUAUUGACCUUUUUGAAUAUUAUUAUAUUUUCUCAGUGUAUUGUGGUUCCUGUUUCACUUCCUGUUGUGGAAGUGUGGAGAACGUGAGGCCACCCAAAGUAAAGAACUAUGACUGAACUGCACUUUGGUAAAUUUCAGAGAUUAACUGAAAAAUGGAGAUGGUAUGUCUUCCAAUAUCUUGUUUCAGACGGAUCCUUGUGUAUGUUUUCUAAGAAUAUAUGUUUACAUUCUGUAUACGUUUUUAACUAGCCUAGAUAUCUAACAUAAUAUCGCAUCAAAAGACAUGUGUUUAGUGACUGUGGAUUUUAAAGUAAACAGUUUGGAAAUUAAUCAUUGGGGUUUGGAUGAAAGAAAUACAGUAAGCAUUGUGAGAAUACAGUAAUCCUUGUGAGAAUACAGUAAAUCUUGUGAGAAUACAGUAAAUCUUGUGAGAAUACAGUAAGCCUUGUGAGAAUACAGUAAGCCUUGUGAGAAUACAGUAAAUCUUGUGAGAAUACAGUAAAUCUUGUGAGAAUACAGUAAUCCUUGUGAGAAUACAGUAAAUCUUGUGAGAAUACAGUAAAUCUUGUGAGAAUACAGUAAGCCUUGUGAGAAUACAGUAAGCCUUGUGAGAAUACAGUAAAUCUUGUGAGAAUACAGUAAAUCUUGUGAGAAUACAGUAAUCCUUGUGAGAAUACAGUAAAUCUUGUGAGAAUACAGUAAAUCUUGUGAGAAUACAGUAAGCCUUGUGAGAAUACAGUAAAUCUUGUGAGAAUACAGUAAAUCUUGUGAGAAUACAGUAAGCCUUGUGAGAAUACAGUAAGCCUUGUGAGAAUACAGUAAAUCUUGUGAGAAUACAGUGAGGAAAAAAAGUUGCAUUUAGAAAAUAAGUAAUUCAGCUUUGGCCAUUGUCUGUCUGUCAUAUUUCCUGCAAGGCACCUCCUCUGCUGACACUACACUACACUAC